AGUUUAUGUUAAAUUGUUCGAAUAAUUUAUUUAUCUGAGUAACCAUCAAUAAAUUUUCCUAAAAAACUUUAAUUGUAUAACUAUGUUGAUAUGCGAAUAGGUAUAAAUAGAAGUGGAUUUUUUUCUAUAAUGGUUACUAGUGUUGACAUAAAGAAAUGAAACAAACGCGAUUGAUCUGGAAUAUAUUGCUUUGCACGGCAAUAAUUAGUCAUGCCGAAAAGAAAAUCAUUUUUACGAAUAUUGGAUGUGCAGUUAACAGUAAUAUUUUGACGAAAAUUAACUGUUACUUGGAGAACAAAAGCACAAUUAAUCUUGAAAUAACGUCAAACAAAACCGAUGUAAACAGUUUGGUAGGAAUUUCGGAACUAAAUUUAUUUAUUCACGGGCGAAACAAGGUGAUGAGAUUAAACGGUAUACGUCUGGAUAUUUGCCAAAUGUUGGGUAGCAAUAAAAGACAAAACUUGGUAACAUUUCUGUACAAGGGAAUUCUGCAAACAAAGAAAAAUCUUCCCAAAAAAUGUCCAUUCUUACGAAACACCACUUAUGUAUUGUAUGACAUGAAAUUCGAUGGAAACUAUUUGCCAUAUUACUUGCCCGAAUAUAAUUUCACAUUUGCAGGAUUGUUCCAUGCAAACGAUAUAAAAACUUUUGAAAUUCAUGUAGCUGGCUCAUUUUGCGAAUUUAACAACGAUUGUACCGGUUAUGCAGAACCCAAAAAACGCGUGACAAGAAACAAUUAAAUACAGCAUAUGUACAUUACGGACAAAUAAAUAUGCACGAAAAAUACUUGAGCU